CGCGCUAGUUCCGGUGAAUUUCUCAAAUUUUGGGGAUGUUUUUGUCAAUAAGAUCAUCCAAAAUGUAGCACAUUCCUUUACUCCAGGUGACAAGUGUGCAACCUUAACCAACAUCCAAGAUGUCCUUAGUAACAACACCGAAGAUGGUGCCACCCAUGAGCCCACAGGAGGUUGCCACGGCAACCAGCCAGAUGAAUACAUUUAAAUCAUAUGUGGCUCUGAUUGCUGAUCCCACUCUAGUCAUUGAGAAGAAGCUGAAGGCGGCCCAAGAGCUCAGUGAAAACUUUGAGACGAUUGUUUCUUCUCCGCAAUACCCACAAUUCCUCCAAGAUGCGAUCCGCGUCUUUCUCAAGAUCAUCCAAGAGGGGGAGCCACAGUUCAUAGCAGAACAAAACAGUCAAGUUACACAACUACGAAAGCUUCUCUUGGAGAUUGUUCACCGGAUUCCCACCAAUGAACACCUGAAGCCAUAUGUCAAGCAGAUCCUGUCGCUGAUGUUCAAACUCCUCGAGAUCGAGAAUGAAGAGAACGUGCUGGUGUGUUUGAGGAUCAUCAUCGACCUCCAUAAAUUCUACCGUCCACAGAUGAACCCUGAGAUCCAACACUUCCUGCAGUUCGUCAAGAACAUCUACAAGGAACUGCCAAACCACCUCAACAAGAUCUUUGAACCACGUGCACAGAUCAAGGUCAAGGACAUCGCUGAUAUCAAUGUUGAGGUUAUGUUACAGGAUAUCUUCACCAUCACGACCAUCGUCACGGAGAAGAAGAACCAGGAUAGUCAGCCAAUCACAUACAACAUCAUUCCGAAGGCUGUGCUGUCUCUGAAAGUCCUCGCCGAGCUCCCAAUUAUCGUCGUACUCAUGUAUCAACUUUAUAAACAAAACGUCCACAGUAUUGUAGCUGAGUUUAUCCCUCUGAUCAUGAAUACGAUAGUCUUACAGCCGACUCCUCAACAAAGGGCAAAUGUCGCCUUUAACAAGGAGGUGUUUGUCGAUUUCAUUGCCGCGCAGAUCAAGACACUCUCCUUCCUCGCAUACAUCAUCCGAAUCUACCAGGAAAUCGUCAACACGCACGCGCCGCAGAUGGUGAAGGGCAUGCUGGGAUUGUUAACCCUUUGUCCCCAAGAGGCAGCCCAUCUACGUAAGGAGCUGCUCAUUGCUGCCAAGCAUAUCCUGGCCACGGAUCUAAGAAAUCGAUUUGUGCCAUACACGGACAAAUUGUUUGAUGAGAAUAUCCUGAUCGGGUCUGGAUGGACCACUCAUGAAUCUCUCAGACCGUUGGCAUACAGUACCCUUGCAGACCUGGUCCACCACGUACGCACCGCCCUACCCCUGAACGAUCUCUCAUUGGCCGUCAACCUAUUUGCCAAGAACGUCCACGAUGAGUCGUUGCCGAGCAGUAUCCAGACCAUGUCAUGUCGUCUGCUGCAGAAUCUGGUGGAGUGCAUCCGGUCGAAGAGCGACCAGGAGAAUGGCAAUGGACGGGAACUGCUCAUCAGGAUGCUGGAAGUAUUCGUACUCAAGUUUAAGACCAUCGCCGAGCUGCAGCUGCCCGCCAUAUUGGCCAAGUGUAAACAAUCUGGUGACAGUAACACCUCCAACGGCUCCUCAACACCGCCAGCCAUCGCAGCCGCGGUUGCAGCAGCUUCUGGUCAGCCUCCGACCACUCCUCUUAUCAAGACUGAGGAUGGCAAAGCUCCUCCAGUCUUCCCAACCGUUGAGAAGGACAAGGAAGAAAAGAGCAAGAUCGGUGUCCUCCCCGCCCAGACCAACACAUACUUUGUUGCGGAUUGCCGCAGCUUGGUGAAGACACUCGUGUGCGGUGUGAAAACGAUAACUUGGGGUACGGCGUCCUGCAAGUCGACCAACAUCGAUGCGUCGUUGGUUCAGAACAAACAAUUCAACCCGAAGGAGACGCUAGUGUUUGUGAGACUUGUGAAGUAUGCUCUGCAGGCGUUGGACAUCUAUACCAUCAACGCGACUGCCUCUGGGCAGGCCUAUGUCCGACCUGCGGUUGUUCAGACUGUCAGGACCAAGGAAGAGAAGGAGGUAUUGGAACACUUCGCUGGCGUGUUCACAAUGAUGAAUGCUCUUACUUUCAAGGAGAUCUUCUCGACGACUGUUGAGUACAUGGUCGACCGCAUCCACAAGAACUACGCCCUCCAGAUCGUGGCCAACUCGUUCCUGGCCAACCCGACGACCUCACCAACAUUUGCCACAAUCCUGGUUGAGUAUCUCCUCAAGAGGCUGGAAGAAAUGGGCUCCAACGUCGACCGUUCGAAUUUGUACCUGAAGCUGUUCAAGCUGGUCUUUGGUUCAGUCUCACUCUUCGCUGCUGACAACGAGCAGAUGUUGAAGCCUCAUUUACAUACAAUCGUCAACCGCUCGAUGGAGCUGGCGUUGAGCGCCAAGGAGCCGUACAAUUACUUCCUGUUGCUCCGUGCGUUGUUCCGUUCGAUCGGCGGGGGAAGUCAUGAUCAGUUGUAUCAGGAGUUUCUGCCUUUGUUGCCAAAUCUACUUCAAGGUUUAAACAAUCUCCAGAGCGGCCUCCACAAGCAGCACAUGAAGGAUCUAUUUGUGGAGCUGUGUCUGACUGUGCCAGUCAGGCUGAGCUCCCUGCUGCCCUACCUACCCAUGUUGAUGGACCCUCUGGUCUCAGCCCUUAAUGGUUCACAGACACUUGUUAGCCAGGGCCUGCGUACUCUAGAACUCUGUGUGGACAACCUGCAGCCUGACUUCCUCUACGACCACAUCCAACCGGUCAGGGCUGAGCUGAUGCAGGCCCUGUGGCGCACCCUACGUAAUCCCUCUGACAGCAUUGCUCAUGUAGCAUUCCGAGUCCUUGGCAAAUUCGGCGGAGGAAAUCGGAAGAUGCUACGUGAACCUCAGAAGCUGAAUUUCAACGAUCGGGAAACUGUCGGGCCUUGUGUGACGAUAUACUUCCAGGAUUGCAAGACACCGAUCUCACUUCCUGUGGAGAAGGCGAUCGAGACUGCCCUGAACGCUCUCAAGUCAAGCUCCACUGAGUCGUUCUACCGGAAACAGUCGUGGGAGGUUAUAAAAUGUUACCUCGUCUCAGUUAUGAAUCUGGAUGAUGAGAAGUCGACGCUUGUGCAGCUCUUCAUGCAUCCGAGUUUCCAAGACAAGGAGGUCCCUGUCAGCUCAAGUCCUCUCUAUAAGAAUGCCGACCCCCACAGCAGAAAGGUUCAUGAGCAGGCUCUGACCGGCAUGUUUGUGGCUGCGGCCAUCAAAGACUUGAGACCAUCGGUGCUACCCAAUAUGGCGUCUAUGGUCAGGCAUUAUACUCUCGUCGCUGUAGCUCAGCAGUGUGGCCCGUUCCCAGUCUUGGAUAAACAGAGCAAGCUGACGAGUAUGGACCCACAGAUCCUGAUUGACGCGCUCGCCGUCAUCAUGGGUCACGAAGAGAAGGAACUCUGCAAGCCCGGCAACCUGGCCAUGGUCCUCAUCUUACACACAGCCCAGACGGUGCUCGGCUCCAAGGAGAAGGCCUGUCGUCUGCCUCUGUUUGAGUAUCUGGCCGAGAAGAUGUGUGCACUCUGCUAUGAUCGUGCGUGGUAUGCCAAGUUAGGAGGAUGCAUCGCCAUUAAGUUCAUGUUUGAAAAGAUGUCACUACGCUGGGUGCUUGAGCAUCAGUUUGUCUUCUUGAAGGCACUACUCUUUGUUAUGAUGGAUCUCACUGGAGAGGUGUCAAGCGGUGCUGUGGACAUGGCCAAGAACAACCUUGAGCUGAUGCUGACGUUAUGUGCCAAGGGCAUGGGAGAGGAAGGCGAAGAUACUGAGCUACAGGAGACGAGGAAGAAGGCUUUCUAUGAAGUGACGCAUGAGUUGGUGCGGAGGGUGACCGCCCCGAAUACGCUCGUCCGGGAACAGGCAAUGCAUUCCCUUGAGGUGCUCGCCAAGGUAACCAGCAAGACAGUGACAGAGAUCAUGGAGCCGUGCAAGGACGUCCUACAAGACAUGAUCCCUCCCAAGAAACACCUGCUCCGUCACCAGCCUGCUAAUGCUCAAAUUGGCCUGAUGGAUGGCAACACAUUCUGUACUACACUUCAACCACGUCUCUUCACCAUCGACCUGAACAUCGUUGAACACAAAGUCUUCUUUACCGAGCUGCUGAACCUGACAGAUGCGGAGGACGCCACAUUGCUGAAGCUGCCGUGUUACAAGUCUGUGUCAAGUCUCGUCCCUCUCAGGAAGAGUGGUCUCAGGGCACUUGCGGCAUGUCACUAUAUCCCACAGCGCAGAGACAGAAUCUUCAACGUUCUCUACAAGGCCCUCAACAGCAACAACAGCGAGCUUCAAGAGGCAGCCUACGAAUGCAUGAAAAACUUCAUCUCUGGUUUCCACAUGGACAUGGAACAAGUUCACACUGAAAUGCGCCCCCUAUUGUUAAUGCUGGGCGACCACCGAAGCCUCGACUUGAACGUCAUACAGCGCCUAUCGUACCUAACGCAGCUUUUCCCGAACACGUUUAGCGAGAAACUGUGUGAACAACUUCUGGCUCAUCUCAAGAAGUGGAUGGACAAACCGAUCCAGGAUCAGAAGAGUGGCACUGUGCGAAUCAACGGACAGGUUGUCUCUACGGACAUGAAGACCUGUGCCGCCAUCAUCAACAUCUUCCAUCUGGUUCCUGCCGCGUCACAGAAGAUGAUCGAGCCACUGGUGACCUUGACAUUGAAGAAAGGUGAGAAGCCGCUACUGGUCGAAGCUGGCAGUCCGUUCCGGGAACCUCUCAUCAAGUUCUUGCUGCGCUACCCCCAGCAGUCGGUUGAACUCUUCCUCAGUGAGGCAGCCAUUUUGGAUCAGCAGUGGAAUCGCUUCUUCGGCGUUCUCCUUAAGCAUGAGAAUGGGAAGCCAUUCCGUGACGUCCUGCAGGCCAACCCUGCCCGUCUCAGUAACUUGUUAUUUGGGCAACUCCAAGGCCAGCCGGCUAACCCUGACCCAGCCCUGAAGGCGGAGCUCCAGUUCCAGGCCGUCCGGAUCAUCAGUAUUCUCGUCAAGAAAGACAACAACUGGCUGCCACAGCAUCAACCAGUCGCGACGAACUUACUGCGGAUCUGGAUCUCGGAGUUGUUUGCUGAGAAACACAAGAAGGUUGAUACAAUGGAUUAUGUUCAUUGGAAGGAGCCCAAACUCAUCGUCAAGUGCCUGCUCAAUUUCUUCAAACACCACAACAGUGAGAUUGAACUCCUCUUCCAAAUGCUGCGCUGCUUCUGCUACCGAUAUAUCCCACAAUUCCAGUUCGUCAAAGACUUCCUCGAUGACGUCGUCGCACAGACUUACACCGUCGAAUGGAAACGAAAAGCAUUCUUCAAAUUUGUCGAUUACUUUCCGGACGCUAACUGGCCAAACGACCUCAAGGCCAAGAUACUACAAUAUAUCCUCAUUCCCUCAUUCUCUGUGUCAUUUGAAAAAGGUGCUGGUGAGAAACUGAUCGGCGGACCCCCGAUACCUGAUUUAGACAAUGCUGAUAACGUGGUGAGCGUCUUUAUCAAUAAGAUCAUUGACCCGGAUAACCCGUUUGGCACAUCAGACGCUGUACGCAUUCUCCUCCUCCAGUUCUCAUCGUUGCUGGUCGAGCAGGCAGCGCCACAUAUCCAUGACGCGGCAAACAAGAAACAAGGCAACAAGUUGCGACGUCUGAUGACGUUUGCAUGGCCGUGUCUGCUGGCCAAGACCUGCGUCGACCCUGCCACUAAGUAUCAUGGCCACCUCCUCCUCUCACACAUCAUCGCCAAGUUUGCCAUCCACAAGAGAAUCGUACUCCAGGUGUUCCACAGCCUACUGAAGGCCCACGCCGUUGAGGCCAGGAAUGUCGUGCGUCAGGCGUUGGAGAUCCUUACACCGGCCAUGCCAGGUCGGAUGGAAGACGGCAAUGGCAUGCUGACCCACUGGACCAAGAAGAUCAUUGUGGAGGAAGGUCACACCGUUGCACAGCUUGUGCACAUACUACACCUGCUUGUGCGGCAUCACAAGGUCUACUACCCAGUAAGACAUCACCUCAUACAGCAUAUCGUCAACUCAGUUCAGAAGCUCGGCUUCACUCCUAAUGUCAGUGGCACCAUUGAGCAUCGUAAACUGGCGGUCGAUCUGGCUGAUGUCAUUAUCAAGUGGGAGUUGCAGCGCGUCAAAGAAGACCAGGAUGCUGAGGUGACUGCGGGUGCUGGUGCCACUGAUGUGACGCAAGCCCUGGCGUCUGGCUCUGCCCUCAAGAGGACUGCUUCAGUUGAGUCACCUCAGGAUCCAAAACGAGCAAGACAUUCAUCAGGAGCGAGUGUGCGCUCAACAACCGAUGCCAACAAGCCUCUGGAGAAACAAUAUUGCGACACAAUCGUCAACUUCCUCUUGCGAAUCGCGUGUCAGGUCAGGGAUGACAAAUCAAAGGUCACUGAAUCUUCAACAGCUGUGAGCUCCCCCGGUGACCAACUUUCUAAACGCUGCGUCAUGCUCCUGAAGACAGCACUCCGAGCAGACGUGUGGCCAAAUGCUGAACUAAAGCUCGCGUGGUUUGCCAAACUUCUCCUCACGGUCGAGAACCAUCAACCCAACUUUGCAAAUAUCUGCACAGCUCUGGAGCUUCUCAGCUUCUUGUUGACGAUUUUGAGAAAGGACGCCAUCUUGCCCAGUUUUAAGCCGCUCCAACAAGGCAUCGCCGGGUGCAUGACCUGCCUCAACUCCAAGGUCAUCCGAUCUGUCCACACUCUCCUCUCCCGCCUCAUGAGUGUCUUCCCCACGGAACCUGCCACAUCAAAUGUGGCCUCAAAAUACGAGGAGCUGGAAAGUCUGUAUGCGUGUGUCAGCAAGGUGGUUUAUGAGGGACUCACCAACUACGACAAGUCGAGUAGUGCUUCCCCCUCACAGCUGUUUGGCACAUUGAUGAUCCUGAAGGCUGCCUGCCUUCAUAACCCCUGCUACAUCGACCGCCUGAUCACCACCUUCAUGAGAGUCCUCCAUCGCAUGACCAGGGAGCAUUUGUCACCAACCUCUAAUGAGAGUAGUCCUGUUGCGAAUGAACUGCUGAUUCUCAGCCUCGAUCUGGUGAAGAAUCGCGUGGGCGUCAUGAGCAUGGAGAUGCGCAAAAGUUUCAUCGGGAACAUCCUGGUCGGCCUGAUCGAGAAAACAACCGACGCGAAGGUGAUGAAAGCAAUUACCAAGAUGGUGGAAGAUUGGGUGAAGAUCAAGACACCAAUCGCGAUCAACCAAUCACCAUCAUUGAGAGAGAAAGCCAUCCUAUUGGUCAAACUCAUGCAGCAUGUCGAGAAGAGGUUCCCACAGGAUACGGAAUUAAACGCGCAGUUCUUGGAGCUUGUGAAUUAUAUCUACCGCGAUGAGUCGUUGAGUGGGAGUGAGCUGACUUCCAAGUUGGAGCCAGCGUUUUUGGCUGGGUUGAGAUGCACGCAGCCUGCGAUUCGGCAAAAGUUCUUUGAGGUGUUUGACAACAGCGUAAAGCGGCGUCUUUAUGAUCGUCUGCUUUACAUCACGUGCUCCCAGAACUGGGAGGCAAUGGGCAGUCAUUUCUGGAUCAAACAAUGCAUGGAACUUGUAUCAGCGGUGGCAGUGAACGGUACAAGUAUACAGAGCUCGUCACAGACAAAUCUCCUGCCAGCAGCGACGUCGGUGGUCAGCCUGGCAGACAGUCAUGACCGUGCAGCCUUCGCCAUGGUCACCAAGAUGAAGGAGGAACCAAUGGAUGUGGAAUCCCUCGAUGGAAACAAGGAGGAGGAUGACAUUGAUAUUGAAUUCUCUAAUGUAUCAUCCGAGGAGACGUGCCCGAAGGAGCCACCAAAGAAAGACACAGCCGACCCCAAACAGAGCUUACAGCUGAUGUUACAGCGCCAGGCCAAGUUCCUUGAGACAUGCCGUGAGGUUAAGACCGUCUCAUUCCUGACUGCACUCGCCCAGCUCUGCCAUAACAACACCACACUGACACACACACUCUGGCUGGAACUUUUCCCACGGAUUUGGAAGAUUUUAUCUGAUAGGCAGCAGCAUGGUCUCUCAGGCGAGUUGAUUCCAUUCCUGUGCAGUGGGAGCCAUGUCUACCAGAAGGACUGUCAGCCAAGCGCUAUUCAUACAUUCACCGAGGCCCUAUCAAUCAGUGUGCCACCAAUCAGUGUAAGGCCUUGUGUGCUGAAGUAUCUUGGCAAGACUCACAACCUCUGGCACCGAGCGACUUUACUGCUGGAGCAGCUGGCAUUUGAAAACCAACCACAGACACCGUUUAAACCCAAACCAGGCAGCGAAUAUGAAUUUGAGCCGGCCAACUCUCCACAGCAAGAAACCCUUGAUGCGAUAUCUGAACUUUAUUCCCUGCUCCGGGAGGAGGAUAUGUUGUGUGGGUUAUGGCAGAAGCGGGCACGAUAUUCCGAGACGAACACGGCCCUGGCGUAUGAGCAACAUGGCUUCUUCGAGGAGGCCCAGACCAUGUUUGAACAGGCGAUGAGUAAGGCACGCUCAGAACACAACAAUACCAACGCGGCACCAACAAUCCUGCCAGAGUACAAACUCUGGGAAGACCACUGGGUGCGCACAUGCAAGGAGCUCAACCAAUGGGAUCUCCUCCUGGAGUAUGCUAAUGCCAAGGGCAUCGCCAACCCUCACCUGGUCCUGGAGAGUGCCUGGCGGGUUCCUAAUUGGUCCCUGAUGAAGGAUUCGUUGGCACAGGUGCACGUCGAGUUGAGCUGCCCCAAGGAGAUGGCGUGGAAGGUGAACUUGUAUCGAGGCUACAUCGCCAUCUGUCAUCCAGACGACCACCAUCUUAAUAUGAUCGAUCGCUUGGUUGAAGUCUCCAGCAACCUGGCCAUCAAGGAGUGGCGCCGCCUACCAAGAAUUGUAGCAAACGUUCACGUGCCGCUCCUGCAGGCGGCACAGCAGAUCAUGGAGCUCCAGGAAGCGGCACAAAUCAACCAAGGUCUCCAGCCUGCCAACAUUGGUCGCAACUCAAGCCUCCAUGACAUGAAAGCCAUUGUGAAGACAUGGCGUAAUCGUCUGCCUAUGAUCUCUGAUGAUUUGUCACAUUGGAGUGAUAUCUUCACGUGGCGCCAGCAUCACUAUCAGUUCAUUGUCAGUCACUAUGAGUCUCAUGGUCAGACUGACCCAGUAAGUAAGCAGCAGUCCAAUCAUUCCAUGCUGGGGGUGCAUGCCUCAGCUCAGGCAAUCAUUCACUUUGGGAAGAUUGGCCGCAAGCAUAACUUGAUGGGCGUCUGCCUCGACUCUCUCAGCCGCAUCCACACCAUCCCCAGUGUACCCAUCGUCGACUGUUUCCAGAAGAUUCGCCAACAGGUAAAGUGUUACCUGCAGAUGGCGGGCGUAAUGGGAAAGACUGAGCUCCAGGAAGGAUUGGAGGUGAUCGAGUCAACCAACCUCAAGUAUUUCACCAAGGAGAUGACGGCCGAGUUCUAUGCUCUCAAGGGCAUGUUCUUGGCUCAGAUUGGAAGAUCUGACGAUGCAAACAAGGCAUUCUCUGCUGCAGUCCAGAUGCAUGACACCCUGGUGAAGGCGUGGGCUCUCUGGGGAGACUACCUCGAGGGUAUCUUCACCAAUAGAGACAAACAACUGUCCACAGGUGUCUCUGCCAUCACCUGCUUCCUUCACGCCUGCCGUCACCAAAACGAAAGCAAAUCCAGAAAAUAUCUCGCCAAAGUUCUGUGGCUUCUGACAUACGAUGAUGACAAAUCAACACUCGCUGAAGCAGUUGAUAAAUAUUGUGUCGGAGUGCCACCGAUUCAGUGGUUGCCAUGGAUACCACAGUUGUUGACGUGUCUGGUCAGGAGUGAAGGUCGUCUGAUCCUGAAUCUGUUGAGUCAGGUUGGCCGCAUGUAUCCGCAGGCUGUCUACUUCCCGAUCAGGACACUCUAUCUCACACUCAAGAUUGAACAACGGGAGCGGUUCAAAAGUGGAGAACUUUCAGCAACAGUGCCGAACGUGAGUCGCAGCUGCGGUCUCUCUGAUGCUCAGAACCCCGCCACCAGUCUGGGUAGCUCCUCCUAUGGUCUCUCCAACCCCCAGGCGAUGAGUCCAUCUACAAAUGUUGGUUCCCCCCAGGCCUCUGCUGGUACAGACAGCAUCAACUCAGCGGAAUCCAUUGUUAACACCACAACCAGCACUUUAUCUGCAACGACCUCGGCGCUUAGUUCUACCACAACAUCCACCAGCCAAUCAGACGCCGGCCCGAUACGCGCCACGGCGCCGAUGUGGCGCUGUAGCCGCAUCAUGCACAUGCAGCGCGACCUCCACCCAACGAUCCUGUCUUCACUAGAGGGCAUCGUUGAUCAGAUGGUCUGGUUCCGGGAGAACUGGUAUGAGGAGGUCCUACGACAGCUCCGUCAGGGACUUGCCAAGUGCCAUGCUGUGGCCUUUGAGAACAGGUGCUCAGUGACUGAAGCUACUAUUACACCACACACCCUCAACUUCGUCAAGAAGUUAGUCAGCACGUUUGGCGUCGGUAUCGAGAACGUGAGUAGCGUGAGCACCACGUUCUCGAGCGCCGCCUCAGAAUCUCUCGCCAGGCGGGCGCAGGCCACGGCACAGGACCCCGUCUUUCAGAAGAUGAAGAGCCAGUUUACCACCGAUUUUGACUUUACUGUCCCCGGCUCGACCAAGCUGCAUAAUCUCAUCAGCAAAUUGAAGAAAUGGAUAAAGAUCCUGGAGGCAAAGACAAAGUUACUGCCAAAAUCGUUCCUCAUUGAGGAGAAAUGUCGAUUCUUGAGUAACUUCUCCCUCAACACUGCUGAAGUGGAACUGCCUGGUGAAUUCCUGCUGCCCAAACACGGCCAUUACUACGUCAAGAUCGCACGCUUCAUGCCGCGGGUGGAAAUCGUCCACAAACACAACACUGCUGCACGUCGCUUGUAUAUCAGAGGUCACAACGGCAAGAUUUAUCCGUAUUUGAUCGUGAAUGAUGCGUGUUUGACCGAGUCAAGGCGUGAGGAACGCGUGCUACAGCUGUUGCGGAUGUUGAAUCAUUUCCUGGGGAAACAGAAGGAGACUUGUCGUCGUCUGCUCCACUUCACCGUGCCAAGGGUGGUAGCCGUGUCACCACAGAUGAGGCUCGUUGAGGAUAAUCCUGCAUCGCUCUCCUUACUCAAUAUCUACAAACAGCGAUGUGCCAAACGAAAUAUUGAACACGACAAUCCAAUAUCGCGCUACUACGAGCGUCUGGCGACGGUGCAGGCCCGUGGUUCCCAAGCCAGCCACCAGGUGCUUCGAGACAUUCUGAAAGAGGUGCAGACCAACAUUGUGCCGAGGGGAUUACUCAAGGAAUGGGCGAUGCAUACGUUCCCUAACGCGACUGACUACUGGACAUUCAGAAAGACGUUGAUGAUCCAGCUGGCGUUGGCUGGGUUCGCCGAGUUCGUUCUCCACCUGACGCGGAUGAACCCAGACAUGAUGUACCUCCAUCAAGACUGUGGCUACCUCAACAUCUCCUACUUCAAGUUUGACAUCGAUGACCAGUUAGGGGAGCUGGACGCUAACCGACCCGUACCUUUCCGUCUGACACCCAAUAUUGCUGAGUUCUUGACGUUGACAGGUGUGACAGGGCCACUGACAGCCAGUAUGGUGUCCGCUGCUCGAUGUUUCGUACAGCCACAGUAUAAACUAGUCAGUCUGUUGCGAGCCAUUCUGAGGGAUGAAUACAUCACAUGGCACAAGAAGAAGCAGGACGAAUCAAGUCCCGGUUCACAACCAGUCGAUAUGGAAGGAGAGAAACUCAUUGCCAUGGUUACCAAAGCUGUUAAUGCCAUCUCAACGAGGCUGCAAAAUCUGGCCACAUUUGACGGAGCAGAGUCUCGUGUCAGUACAUUGGUUGCAGCAGCAAAUAGUCACGACAACCUCUGUCGCAUGGACCCUGCCUGGCACCCGUGGUUAUAAGGACAUUUGUUCGAGAUUCAAGUCGGUACAAUGUAUACUGGUUCUACCAUGGAAGAGCGUUGUUAUAACUUUUAGUGGAGCCAGUCUUGUGUCAGAACAUUGAUUGCAGCAGCAUCUAGUCACGACAACCUCCGUCGGAUGGAUUCUGCCUGGCACAUGCAGUUUUAAGUUAAUAACCAACAUGACCAAGGAUUUAGGACAUUUGAUUGAGCAGGGUCUCCAUCAAAUGUUGCUGGAAACUCGGGGAGUUGGGGUCAUCUGGAUUACCUGAAGAUGCUUGAUGGAUUCAUUAUCUGGCCUUGGAUGUUGGGACUCUCGUAUACACCGUAGCCUGGAUGGAGGGGAUCUCAUGUUUGCGGUUUCCGAUCUUCAACAAAACAAGAAUGGAGAAAAGACCUACACAUAUUUUGUUUAUUUUAACAAUAUCAUUGCAUCUGACAAUUUGGUCAUUAUGUAAAUAUCCAUUCAUACACUGUUCAAGAUACUGCAUGUGGCCUCCAUAUGAAUUAGAGCAGGAUGAAGACGUCACGUCUCUCAAACAUAUACUAGAUUUUCAGAUUUAAAAAAAAAAAAGUACUGCCAAUGAAA